AUGACACGUCCAUCCGACGGGCUAAAGGCCGACGAAUACGUCCUUAGUGCUUACCCGGUUCAUGAGGACGACCUCCCGGGGGCGGACGACCCGGACUUGUUCUGCGGCUCGUUCCGCUCACCGCGACGGUUCUCGGCCCGCGGACGGGUCGGCGUCCUCUUCCGCCUUGUCGGGGGCGGCCUGCGGGCGGGCUUCCGGGGGCUCGACGGGCUGCUGACGCCCUUCCGGGCCACCUCGCCGCGCGCCGUCAUCCUGGUGCUGGCGCUGCUCAAGUUCACCGUCUCGUACAAGCUCGCGAUCCAGAUGAUGCCCAUCAUGCGCCUCAUCGAGGACCACAUCUGCCAUCAGCACUACCGGCUGGGCCCGGAGGCGCGGAUCCCCGAGAUGAAGUGCAAGGUCGACGAGGUGCAGAGGGACCUUGCGUGGCUGCAAGGCUGGCAGUCCCUCUUCGGCGCCGUCGUCAACAUGACCGUCGCGUUCCCCUACGGCGUCCUGUCUGAUAGGAUCGGACGCAAGGCGGGCAUGCUCCUCGCCUACACCGGCACGUUGGGCGCCGUCAUCUGGCCCCUCCUCUUCCUCGCCCGCUUCCCGGAGGCCAGCAUCUACCUCAUCCUCGUCGGGAUCCUCUUCUUCCUCGUCGGCGGCGGCGUCGUCGUCUUCUUCAACAACCUCUACGCCAUGGCCGCCGACGUCAGCACCGCCAAGGACCGCGCCUCCAACUUCGUCUUCCUCUCCGUCGGCGCCGUGACCGGCGGCCUGCUGGGGCCCGUGACGGCGGGCUUCAUGAUGGAGCGGCACGGGCCCUGGGCGCCGAUCCGCGUAAUGUUCCUCGUCGUGCCCGUCAUCUUGCUCCUCAUGAUGCUGCUGCCCGAGACCCUCCGCGGCCGGUCGGCCGGGUCGCCGCCCCGGGAGCGGCUCUCCCUCGGCGCCGCGGUGGGCGAGGCGCUGGACAACGGGCUGCACGAGGUGCGGGAGUCGGUCGGCAUCCUCCGGGAUCGCAACGUCAUGCUCUGCCUGGCGCCGUCGCUCGUGCAGGGCCCGCUCGGCGCAUCGCACGGCCAGACGCUCCCGCAGUACAUAAGCAAGUACUUUGGCUGGACGCUGGCGCAGACGACCUUCCUCAUGUCACCACUGGAGCUGGGCCACCUCGCCGUCCUCCUCGCCCUGCCGUGGCUGUCACGGGCCAUCACCGACCCCCGGGGCCGCUUCCGCCGCACCGGCUGCGGCAAGGACGCGCUCCUUGCCAGGGUGUCGUACUUUAUGAUUGCCAGCGGCGCCCUGAUCGGGGGCCUCAGCCGCGAUGUCGUCGUCUUCGCGGCCGGCCUCGUGGUCACCACGCUCGGCUCCGCCAGCUUCCCCGUCUCGCGCGCGCUCAUCACCGGGUUCGUCGACCCGGAGCACACGUCGCGGUUGUACGCCCUGGCCAGCAUGGCCGACACCCUCGGGUCGCCGCUCGGCGGCCCGGUGCUCGCCUGGGCAUUCUCGGUCGGGAUGGAGAAGAAGGGAGGGUGGAAGGGUCUCCCUUGGUUUUACGUCUUCUUCUUGGCCACGGGAACCUGGGCGGCGCUGAUGCUUGUGAAAGUACCAAAGGAGAACGACCCCACCCACCUGGAAAGUGAUGAUGGCAUUGAGAUAGUGGGUUACAAGCCCGUCGCAGGAGAUGAGCCGCGAGAUGCUACACCAGUCCGGGAAAGAUCUGUAUAA